AGACAAAGCUUUAUCUCUGGAGAGAGAGAGAGAGAGCUGAAGGAGAGGAAAACAAGAGAGAGAAAGUAAUCGACAAGAGAAAAAUCAAUAAUCUCCAUUUCCGCUGAUCUGACUCGAAGAAGGAAUUCCGAGGAGGAGAGUUUUACCACUGCGCUCAUUUCUUCCGAUCCGAUCUGUUUUGUUUCGUGAAUGCAGUUUUUGUUUCCCACAAAUACAUUCCAUUGUGAUUUUUUUUGGACAUUUAUCACGUUUCCAGCUCGAGUGAAGCGGAAUCGGUGGCAUAAGGACCUGUUGUUGUUAAAGUGUUUCGCGAAAAUUUUGAAUUUUAGGGUUUUGUGGUGAAAUGUUGAAUUUUAGCUCGUUUCAGCUAGGGUUAGUGAAGUAGCGUGUAGAUUUUUUGGUGUGUAUGAGGCUUUGGUGCUUUGAAUUUUUAUGCUUUGGAGAUAAAGAGGAGGAGAGUGUUGCUGCGUGCGGGUUAUGUUAUUUUUAUUGUCGGAAUAAGGGGGGCUGCCGUAUGAUGGAGGGAUUUUCGGGGAAAGCGAUCGAGGACAUGGAUAAUGAUGAUCCUGAAUCAGGGUUUUGGGCUAACUUUCACAAUGGUGGCGGUGGUGGUAGUGGUUUAGGGUUGCAGGUGGAUGGCGAGCUAGCAAACGCGAUGGAAACGGACGAAAUGUUUGAUCUUGGUGGCGAAUCGGGUGAGAGAAGUGAGGAUUUCCUGCUGUGGCUGAAUGAGAGGAAGGGUAGACAAGAUGAUGACGCUAGUGGAAGUCAGGAGCUGAAAGUGGAUGUUAAUUUGAAUUUGGGAUUAGGUGGUGAGUCUUCUUCUUCCACGGCAAUGGAUGCUAUGAGAAGAGAGAGUUCUGAUCGCGAUUCGCAGAAUAAACGACCCAAAGUUCAUUCUUUUUCUCUGGACUGGGGCACUCAGUUCGAAAAUGAAUUUCAUUACCUUCAUCCACAUCACGACAAGUUUGAUGAUGGGGAUUUUCCUGAUUCUCCGAUUGGUGGAGACGAUGCAACAAAAAAUAUUGAUGCUGAUAGGAUGGAUGAUGCGGAAGUUCUGAUGGAUCUGGCCGAUAGGAUAGAUGAUAUGGAAGUUCGGAUGGAUCUGACUGAUGACUUAUUGCAUAUGGUUCUCUCUUUCUUGGAACACAUAGAUCUUUGCCGAGCUGCAAGGGUUUGCCGGCAGUGGAGAGAUGCAAGUUCUCAUGAAGAUUUCUGGCGGCACCUGAAUUUUGAGAACUGCCACAUAUCUCUGCAGCAAUUUGAGGACAUGUGUCAUCGAUAUCCCAAUGCUACUGCAGUGAAUAUUUAUGGUGCCCCUGCUAUCCAUCCCUUAGCGAUGAAAGCCAUGUCGUCACUGAGAAAUCUUGAGGUUUUGACCUUGGGCAAAGGCCAGUUAGGAGAAGCCUUUUUCCAAGCAUUGACAGAUUGCCACAUGUUGAAGAGUUUAAAUAUCAAUGAUGCUACGUUAGGUAAUGGUAUUCAGGAAACCCCCAUUUCUCAUGAUAGAUUGCACGAUCUUCAGAUAGUGAAAUGCCGUGUGGUUCGCAUCUCUAUCAGGUGUCCCCAGCUUGAGACAUUGUCUCUAAAGCGCAGUAGUAUGCCACAUGCGGUUCUCAAUUGUCCCCUUCUGCGUGAGCUUGAUAUAGCUUCCUGUCACAAGCUUUCAGAUGCUGCAAUUCGCUCAGCUGUGGCACCAUGCCCACUCUUGGAGUCCCUGGACAUGUCCAAUUGUUCAUGUGUUAGUGAUGAAACACUGCAAGUAAUAUCUCAGCAUUGUGUACAUCUCCGAAUUCUUGAUGCUUCAUACUGCCCAAACAUCUCUCUUGAAUCUGUGAGGCUUAAUUUGUUGACGGUUCUGAAACUUCAUAGUUGUGAGGGAAUAACAUCGGCUUCAAUGGUUGCUAUAGCUUCGAGUUCUUUGCUCGAGGUUCUGGAGCUUGAUAAUUGCAGUUUAUUAACAUCAGUAUCUUUGGAUCUGCAACGCCUGAAGAACAUAAGGCUUGUACACUGUCGAAAAUUUAUUGAUUUAACUUUAAGGAGCAGUGUGCUUACAUCAAUCACAGUUUCAAAUUGUCCCUCUCUCCAAAGAAUCAGUAUUAUAUCAAAUGCACUCAAAAAAUUAGUUUUGCAAAAGCAAGAAAGCUUAACGACCUUGGUCCUGCAAUGCCCUUCUUUGCAAGAAGUGGAUCUCGCUGAAUGCGAAUCAUUGACGAAUUCGAUUUGUGAAGUUUUCGGCAGCGGAGGUGGCUGUCCCUUGUUGAGAUCAUUAGUUCUUGACAAUUGUGAGAGAUUGACAACAGUGAGUUUCCGCAGUACAUCUUUGGUUAGUCUUUCACUUGGUGGUUGCCGUGCUAUAACGUCUCUUGAACUCAAAUGUCCUUACCUUGAGCAUGUCUCGUUAGAUGGUUGUGAUCAUCUUGAGAGAGCAUCAUUUUCACCUGUUGGUCUCAAGUCAUUGAAUAUGGGAAUAUGCCCGAAACUGAAUGUGCUCCUUGUUGAAGCACCAUCAAUGGUUUCCCUUGAACUAAAGGGCUGUGGUGUGUUAUCUGAAGCAUUUAUCUACUGCCCUCUUCUUACAGCUUUGGAUGCAUCUUUCUGCAGCCAACUCAAGGAUGAUUUCUUAUCCGCUACAGCAUUUUCAUGCCCGCUUAUUGAAUCAUUGGUCUUGAUGUCAUGCCCAUCUGUUGGUCCUGAUGGACUUUCAUCUUUACGUGGCCUUCGCAGCUUGACUUACCUCGAUUUGUCAUACACCUUUUUGGUUAAUCUGCAACCUGUUUUUCGCUCCUGCUUGUAUUUGAAGGUUCUGAAAUUGCAAGCAUGCAAGUAUCUUAGUGACACAUCGUUGGAGCCUAUUUACAAAGGCAAUGCUCUCCCAGCUCUCUGUGAAUUGGACUUGUCGUAUGGGACGCUCCGCCAGUCGGCCAUAGAGGAGUUGCUUGCUGGUUGUAGGCACUUAACUCAUGUCAGCCUGAAUGGUUGUGUCAAUAUGCAUGACUUGGAUUGGGGGUUUCACAAUGGACGAUUAUCUGAUGUCAGCACUUCUUACGAGUUGUUUGGUGGCUCGUCUGGGGAAAGUGAUAUGCUUCUGCCUGAGCACGAAACUAACCGCCUGCUCCAGAAUCUUAACUGUGUCUGCUGUCCAAAUAUCAAGAAGGUGGUUAUUCCUCCUACCGCGAGAUGUUUCCAUCUAUCAUCUUUGAAUCUUUCAUUGUCAUCAAACUUGAAGGAAGUCGACAUAUCAUGCUGCAAUUUGCUCUUUCUCAACCUGAGCAAUUGUAACUCGUUGGAGAUUUUGAAGCUCGAUUGUCCACGUUUAACCAGUCUUUUUCUUCAGUCUUGUAGCAUUGAGGAGGAAGCUGUCGAAACGGCUAUAACUCAUUGCAGUGUGCUGGAGACACUUGAUGUCCGUUUUUGUCCAAAGAUAUCUCCACUGAGCAUGGGUACACUACGUCUGGCAUGCCCGAGUUUGAAGCGGAUCUUCAGCAGCUUAGCAGCGACAUGAUGCAGUAAGAAACUACUAGGCCCGCAAGGGCGUAGCGCAGUUGGCAACGGAGGGGCAGAUCUUGCUGCAAUGAGCCUGGGUUCGAAUCCCACUGCUGUCGUAUAGUUGCUUCCAUCUCUCAGGCACAAGUGUGAGGCCUUGGUAGAUGGGCUUCUGGCAUCCGGUGGGUUAGGGCCUCCCCCUUAACGGGCUACGUACCUUGAUUGAACCCCUCACAUGAUGUCAGUCCGGAGUGUGGGGGCGGAAUCGCCUUUUUGCUGCAAAGAAACUAUAGUGUAUAAAAUAUUGAUGCUAAUAGAGAGAGCAACGACACUAGCCUGUCCUGUACAUACUGAGUUUUGCCUUUCUUAGGGCUUAGCUUAGGAUUAGGUUCUUGGUGAUUAGGAAUAUUUAUACUCCAGUUUUUCCCUUGGUGUGAUUACUCUCUAUUGUUAGUUUUUUAAGCUUUAAUCUAUUCCACUGUAGAAUGUUGCUUUAUAUAUUUGGUUGGAUCGACUAAAAAUGUGAUAAAAAGAUAACAGUCA